AUGACAGACAUUCUGGAACGUUUAGCUAACCAACUAGGUCAUGGAACUGUAAACCAAACUGUAAACCUUGAGGGUAGGGAGGAUAGAGCUCUAGAUCGCUUCCAAAGGUUUUCCUCACCUAAGUUCUCUGGAGGGUCCGAUCCGAAAAUGGCUGAGGGAUGGUUAGAAAGAAUUGCUGAUAUUUUUGCUGCUCUAAAUUACACGGAGGAGAGGCAAGUGGCCUUUGCUGUGUUUCAGUUCGAGGGAGCUACUCGAUCCUGGUGGAACAUGAUAAGGGCCAGAGAAAGGAAAGAUGAUUUCAUCAAGUGUAAGCAAGGAUCGCUAAGUGUCGCAGAGUACGAGACACUAUUCAUCAAGUUGUCAAAGUUCGCCCCUGAGUUGGUGGCGGCCGAACAGAGGAGGAUAAGGAGGUUCAUUCAAGGUUUAAAUAUGGAAAUACAAGAAGGUUUAGCAGCGACCCAAAUCACCAGUUUUAGUGAUGCAAUUGAGAGGGCUCAGAGAAUUGAAAGUGCAAAGGCUCAAGUGAAGGCUUUUAAUGCAAGAAAAAGGAAUGCUCCUAGUGGUAGUCGUGGUCUAGUGGAUGCGAAUGCUCUAUCUCCCAAGUUUGGGAGAGGAGUGAGUGAAGUGAACACCUCGGGAAAUACCAAGAGUGAUGAUGACGAGAGGAGCUACAUCGAGAGGGGCAUUUUCUAG